UUCCGGGAGCGGAGCCGCGGACCGGUCGCCGCGGGCUGGGAAGCGGCCGGCGGGACCGAGGCGGCGGGACACCGAGCCGCGCUGCCGCGUGGAGCGCCAUGGACGACACCGGCAGCUCCGCGGGCAGCGGAGGCUUCCGCCCGGGCGUGGACAGCCUGGAUGAGCCGCCCAACAGCCGCAUCUUCCUAGUGAUCAGCAAGCACACGUCCGAGUCAGUGCUGCGGGAGCGCUUCUCGCCCUUCGGAGACAUCCAGGACAUCUGGGUGGUGCGGGACAAGCACACGAGGGAGUCCAAGGGCGUCGCCUUCGUCAAGUUCGCGCGCAGCUCGCAGGCCUGCCGGGCUAUGGAGGAGAUGCACGGGCAGUGCCUGGGUCCCAGUGACACCAAGCCCAUCAAGGUUUUCAUCGCCCAGUCCCGAUCGUCGGGGAGUCACAGAGAUGUUGAAGAUGAAGAACUCACAAGAAUCUUUGUCAUGAUACCAAAGUCCUAUACAGAGGAGGACCUGCGGGAGAAAUUUAAGGUAUACGGAGAUAUCGAAUAUUGCAGCAUCAUUAAAAAUAAAGUCACUGGAGAGAGUAAAGGUUUGGGCUACGUGCGAUACUUAAAACCGUCACAAGCUGCCCAAGCAAUAGAAAACUGUGAUAGAAGUUUCAGAGCACUCUUGGCUGAGCCUAAGAAUAAAGUGUCCGAGUCCCCAGAACAGGAUUAUUACAGUAGCAUGAGGCAGGAGUCCUUGGGGAAUGAACCUAGAGCGACCCUGUUUCCCUUUGCUGGAGAACAACAAUCUGAAUUUUCAAGUUUUGACAAGAAUGAUAGCAGAGACCAAGAGGCCAUCUCCAAACGCCUGUCUGUCACGUCGAGAGUCCCCUUCACGGAGGAGCAGCUCUUCAGCAUUUUUGACAUUGUCCCAGGCCUGGAGUACUGUGAGGUUCACCGAGACCCUUACUCAAAUUAUGGUCACGGUGUAGUUCAGUACUCUAACGCAGCAUCAGCUAUUUAUGCAAAGUACAAAUUGCAUGGAUUCCAGUACCCCCCUGGGAAUCGGAUAGGAGUUUCCUUCCUGGAUGACGGGAGCAAUGCGGCAGACCUCAUCAGAAAAAUGGCCACACAGAUGGUGGUGUCACAGCUGGCCUCAAUGGUGUGGAGUGGCCCAAGCCAGCAGCAGCUUCUGCAAUUUGGAGGGAGUUCUGGGUCACAGGUGCCUCAGAUCCAGACAGAUGUUGUGCUUCCAUCGUGCAAAAAGAAAGCCCCUCCCGAAACUCCUGUGAAAGAAAGACUGUUUGUCGUGUUUAACCCUCAUCCUUUGCCAUUAGACGUGUUGGAGGAUAUAUUCUGUCGUUUUGGGAACCUGAUUGAAGUCUACCUCGUGUCGGGGAAGAAUGUGGGCUAUGUCAAGUACUCAGACAGAAUGAGCGCUGGUGACGCCAUCACAGCCCUGCACGGCAAAAUCCUGAACGGCGUCAGGCUUAAAGUCAUGCUGGCAGACUCCCCGAGAGAAGAGGCCAAGAAGAGGCAGAGAACAUACUGAGCCUCAG